AUGACCAGGCUAAAACUGAUCCUAAUUCUUGUCUUGUUUUCUGGAAACUUUGAUGUCUCUGUCUCACAAGCGCUCUCAGAGAAUGUGUACACUUUCUUGUCUUUGUUUAAUGGCUACUACACCAACAAAGAACAAAGAGCCACUGACGCAUUGGAUGUUGAGGUGCAUGACCGGCACGACGCCGUCAGCACCCUAAUGAGACCCGUGCAAAUUGCAGCACUGCCGAAUAACUGGACAAUGUACGUUGAAGAAUCAGAUUACGGCAUCGUGCAUCGGAUGGACAUCUUGGUCAUUUCUGAAGAUGAAUUCGGUAUCAUUCAUGUCCAGCCUUUGAUCGUCAAGAAACCCGAAGGUUACAAGCCCAUGCAGUAUGAACAAGGAGACCUGACCGAUAUAGAAUUAGAAUCCAUGACGUCUCCCCCAGAAUGUGAAGCUUUGUUUACUCGAGUCGAGAGGAACGUCUACGUUGGCAGCGUCCCUGAUUGUGUCUCGAAGUUGUCCGCUGUUCGUAAGAUUCCUCCCCCUUACAGCUUUACGAUCACGUGUGACGCACUCAGUGUGUUGGUCUGCAGCCACGCUUCCUGGGAGUCCUUCUCCAGGCUGCCAUACGUCAUCUGCAAGAGGCGGAGUUAUGAACUUCCAACCCAGUGGACUGAAGGUAUCGACUUUCCAGCUCAGUGUAACAAGAACUGACUAACUUAACAUCAAGUUAGUGGUCGUGGAACAGUUCUAUAUACGACGAUAUCUUUAAGUUCUCUAAUUAAUCGAGUUAUCCUCAUUAUCAUUUUACCUUUGACAAGCGAGUGACGAAACAGUGUGAUCAAGAAAAGUUCUUCUUUUUCUCUCGGUCACACGCCACCCGCAAUACUGUGUCAAUGACUUUGAUGUCGUUAUCAAGAUAAUUGUUAGACAAUAUACACUCUGAUGUUAUUUUAGGACCAAUCAGACAUCCCUAUAGCAUUUGUGAGUUCAAAGGUUAGCUAAUGACGUAAAUUCGUUUUCAAUUAAACACUUUGGAUUCGAGGAUUAAUCGUUACGUUCCCUGACCUCUGACUUGAAUGUCCAUCUAAUGAUUAGCUCUGAUUAAAAAUACAGAAGAUUGAAAA